UUUUCUAUUCUCUACACCUUCUCUUCUUAUUCUCCUCAUCAUUCCCUUUCUAUAUUUCAUUAUUUGUAAAAGAAAGAACACCAAGAAUAUAUUCUCGUGGCUGUCUUUUAAAUCCAAAGGGUACCAACCAACCAUUCUUUUCUGCAUGAACAAGAAAAGCAAACCAAAAGAAAUAAAGAACAUAAAUGAAAAAAGCCCCGCGCACCAAGAACGACCAUUCCAUGUUUAAAAAAAAGAACUUCCCAUUUUUCUUUCCUUCUCAAAAUAUUCUCUUUCACUUUCAUUAGAAGAUCGUAGCAUAGGAGGAAGGUGUUGGGCUAUGGAACCUCGAGUUCUUGAUGGUAUAAUCAAUAGGUUGCUUGAAGUUAGAGGGAAACCGGGGAAGCAAGUGCAGCUUUCCGAGUCCGAAAUAAGGCAGCUUUGUCUUGUUUCUAAAGAUAUCUUCUUGAUGCAGCCCAUUCUUCUAGAGCUUGAAGCACCAAUUAAGAUCUGUGGAGAUAUUCAUGGUCAGUAUUCUGAUCUCCUGAGGCUUUUUGAGAAUGGUGGUUUCCCUCCUCGUGCCAAUUACUUAUUCUUGGGGGAUUAUGUAGAUCGUGGAAAGCAAAGCCUGGAAACAAUAUGCCUUCUCCUUGCAUACAAAAUAAAAUAUCCGGAAAACUUUUUCCUUCUCAGGGGCAACCACGAAUGUGCUUCUGUGAAUCGUAUCUAUGGAUUUUAUGAUGAAUGUAAGAGAAGAUUCAAUGUCAGGCUCUGGAAAGUAUUCACCGACUGUUUCAACUGCCUGCCUGUGGCUGCUCUGAUUGAGGAAAAGAUAUUCUGCAUGCAUGGGGGACUUUCACCUGAGCUCCGCAACUUGGACCAGAUUAGAAAUUUAAAGAGGCCUACUGAUGUUCCAGAAUCCGGCUUACUAUGUGAUCUCCUAUGGUCUGAUCCUAGUAAAGACAUUCAGGGCUGGGGGCCAAAUGAUAGGGGAGUUUCCUAUAUGUUUGGUGGUGAUAGGGUGAUAGAUUGUCUCAAGAAGCUUGAUCUUGAUUUAAUAUGUCGAGCUCACCAGGUUGUUGAAGAUGGAUAUGAAUUCUUUGCUAAUAGGCAACUUGUAACCAUAUUUUCAGCACCUAAUUACUGUGGAGAGUUUGACAAUGCUGCUGCCAUGAUGAGCGUGGAUGAGACAUUAAUGUGCUCUUUCCAAAUAUUAAAGCCUGCAGAUAAGAAACCGAAGUUUGGCUUUGGAACCUUAACUCCAACAAAGCCUUCUACUCCUUCCUCUAGAAUCAAGGAGCAGGAGCAGGAGGAGGGUUGCCACUUGAUGUAAGGAAAAAACAGAAGGCUCUUUGAACUCUUUGGAAUUGGAAUUGGAAUUGUUGCUUCUUUCGGAUCAUCCAAGACAUGAAAAGACUACAACCCGUGGGUAAAACAAAACAACCAGGAAAAAUAAAAAGUACAGAGUGGAAACUAGAAACGCAGCAAGGAAGGAAAAAGGAAAAAAGAACAGAAGUAAGACCAGAAAUAUGGUUCUUAUUUCUGACAUAAUAAUAAUUGCAACAAUCCAACAUCUAAGGCAAUGCAAUUUUUAAACCGCUUCCUCUAUCCACAUUCCUGGAUUUUCUAUGCUGUUGUCACCGAUCUUUGGAGCUGCAAUAUUGAAACCUGAAAGGGUUUUAUCA